AUGUCUGGCGCUGUUGCCUCGCCAAACUCCAACCGCCCGAAAGUUGAUCCCGAACGCCCGACGGUGAUGGAAGCCGCGCUGAGCAAAGCAGGCGCCAAUCAGAGGGGGGACAGCGGACGUCUCACCACGACUGGCCGCCCACCGCGCCCUCUCACAGAGAGCGGGGACUCCCUGAGGAAGUCCAAGCACUGCGCCCUUGCCCAGCCAUGGAGACGUUUCUGGCCGCCCACCGAUGGGAGUGACGCCUACAGAAGGCUAGAGAAUGAGCAUCCAGACGUCCUGACCUGCCGUUUCGACAUUACUCGACCCUUCAAUCGACCAUGGCGGCUUUGGACAGGUCCAGCACCCCUUGAAGGGGGCGGAUGUUCCCUCGAUCCCAACGAAGUAGCGCAUCCAGAUCAUGAAACCGCUUGCCGGCCAAUUUUGGACAGCCCUCAUGACAUCGAACGAAUAAGGCGGGAUCUCGACGAGGAGUUCCGUGGCCUCGACCUGCCUAUUGUUCAGCCCGAGUCUUUCCACCACCUCGCACCACUGGAGCGGUACCACAGUGAAAAGCCAUACAAAUGCCAGCUGCCUAAUGAAUGCUUCCCCGGCCUCGAAAUGCACAACCUCGUCUCGCAAAGCUACCCCGUCCGCAUUGCUGACAUUACUGGCCACGAAACCCUGUUCUCACUCCCUGUCUCUGGGUUCGAAUUCGCCAAGUCUCCUAUCGCUGUGCAGAACUGGUCCGACGACUACGUGUCGACUGAGUACCUCCCUGGGCUUGUUAGAUGGCUAACGCAACGUCUUGGCUGCCGGGACGUCUUCUGUUACGCCUACAAUUUUCGCCACCAUGGUUCCACUCAAAAGGCAGAUGGCCUGGAAUACAACUUCAAGCCGCCUUUCUUUCGUGCACAUUGCGAUGCGACGGAGGCAACUUGCCGGGCUCGCCUUCAAGUUUACUUUCCAGAUUCUUACCAAAAGAUCAUGGAGGGCCGCGUCCGCUUCAUCAACAUCUGGAGGCCAAUAUCUCCAGCACCCGUGGAGGACUGUCCGCUAGCUCUCUGCGAUUUCCGCACCGUCGACGCCGGGGAUCUCGUCCCCAUGGACAUUGUAUAUCCGCACUUCACCGACGAGGCUUACGAGGUCAAAUACAACCCGUCCCACCGAUGGUUCUACAAGAGGGGCAUGACGCAGGAGGAUGUCAUUGUCUUCAAACUCUAUGACAGCAUGAGAAGCGAGGCAACUGCCUUUGUCGACCCAUCAGUGCCGUCCGACACGCCGAGACGCGCUAGCAUCGAGGUUAAAGCCAUUGUAUUAGGAUGA